AUGGCAUCUACUCACAGAUUCUCGCAGUUCGAGUUUGAGCAUUACAAAGGAUUCCCGCUUGAUCUGCCACGACAGACACCCGCCAACACCUCGUUUUUGUUCGUUGUCAAGACGCCGGACUCAGAUAUCUUAUCAAGAUCUACUUCCCGUAGCGCUGCUGCCAGCAUCAACAGCCAUGCGCAGCGUUGGGCACAGGACGUUGGCGGGUCAAAGGGAGCUCUACCACUCCACACCAACAAGCCGGCUCCCAGUGUAAAUGCCGACUUGCGGUUUAAAAACUGCGUGAAUCGAUGUCGCAUUGACCGGCUGGGGGUCAGCGACACUAAGACGACCAAAUCAAAAUCAAGGCGAUCUGUCACUGCUUCCCAAUCCAAGUCAAGCAAGAAGAGGGUCCCCAAAGUCCAUUCUCAGUCACCCAUUACGAGAUCGAGUAAUAACAACACAACCGAGACCACCAGCCACCAAGACCAACGACCAAGUAAACACGAGCUUAAUCCAACGCUGCCAACGCCAUCAAGCCCACUGGCCGUCUUCAGUGGCUCCACAGCCUCUAUUCUCGACUAUGUUCGAAUCCCAUGCAUCUCUCUAGACCCCAACAUCCAGUCGGUGCUGCAGUACUAUUUGUCCUUUGUACUGCUCUCGACACCGACACCGACACCGGGCGAUGGCCCACAGUCAGAGCCACAAAGGGACACAAGACUAAUCCAACAUUCUUCGACCAUCAGAGCCAUUGUGCAAGGAUGCCUGCAGGAAACCGUCCACCUGUAUGCACUGUUGGCUGCAACAGCCAGUCGCAUGAAGCGCGUUUCUGGCAUACACUUUGCGCCUGAUCAUGGGCCGGAGAGCUACCUGUCAAAGGCCAUUCAGGGCUUACGAGCUCUGCUGACCGUCCAGAUGGCCUCUUCCGACCGCCAGCUUAUUCUCGACAUCUACUAUCUUAGUGUCUGCGAGUGGUACCUUGGCAGCUACGAUGCCGCCUACACGCACUCUAACUUCUUGAAACGCCUGCUAAAGGCAUUGCCUCCAGGGAUGUCCGAGUUCGACCAAUAUGUCUACGACAUGCUCAGCUACGAUAGUUCUUGGUUUUCACCGGCUGGCCUGGGCCUACCGAGCGGAUCAGACAGGCGGCCCAAGGGGCCCAAGACUUCUUCCUUCGUGCCAUAUCAGCUAUUGCCACAGGACCGGCAGAUUUGGGAUCUCGAGAGCCUCGAGCCUGAUGCACCUUGCCGCUGCUCGGCUCUACGCUCGGCCCUGCAGGGUCCCUCAUACAGCCAGGACCUUAGGGACAAGGUCCAAGGACUAGCUCCAAUACUCACCUUAUUUCGACACUUCAAUCCACCGCGGCUCGAUGAAGAGGAUCAUGCGAGCGCGGCGGCCAAUCAAUUGGUUUCAAGCUGCUCCGACCUGGCUGAACGCUUGCUUGAGAAGCCGAGUUACGGGAACGAGCUGUGCUGCAGGCUGGCACUGAUUUUAAACCUCCGCUACAUUGCACGGAUCGUGGCUGCGGUGCCUCCCUCUCCAUCCGGCCCGGCCGAGACAGAGAGAGAAGCAGUCCUCAGUACUCAGCGCCUCAGACGCCAACUCCAGUAUGAGAUCCUACUGCCCUCGAACGAAAUCUCUCGUAGUACGAGUACUACUACCGGCCUCUCCCGACAGCUAUCAUCAAGGGGCCCGCCGUCGCCGAUGACCACGAGCCUAAGCCUCCGCAGUAAGAUCUGGACGGGCGACUCCGAUGAGCUGUUGCUCUGGAUCCUCGUGACGGGCGUCCUUACCGCGCGAAGGGUGCACCUAUCUGACGAAGUGCACUGGUUCGGCACGCGCGCGACCGCGCUGAUGGGUCUUCUGGACAUCACGACACAUGCGCAGUUGCAGGAGCUGAUGCUCUCUUUCUUCGCUGUGGAUGGAAUGGUCCGGAUUGAAGACGACGAGGACCUGCUCCCCCUGGCUUGA